UGGCUACACAGUCAUACGUUUAUCUCCGAAAGCUGAGAGCAAACAGUCCUGCCGGCCAAGACAGUCCCUCUGUAGGGAAAGGGAAAGCGAAACUGAAACAUGUCAUCAGACGACUCCCGACAGCGAUUCCGGGCAAAGAGUCUAGUGGCGAGAACUCAUAUGAGCGUGCGACGCCCGUAAAAAGGCGCUGGAGUCGAGCUCAGGCACAGCAGUUCUGAACUUCUCCAAGCUCUCAUCUGUGGGAAAGAGAGCAGCAGCCGCUGCCUCUUGACUUCCAGUGGCCUAGGAGGGUUACGAAGCCGGCAGAGCCAGGACGCUGACUCUAUUGCUGGGCCUCUUUCCUGGGCUGAACGGCAUAGCCUCUGAACAACUCAGCUAAGCAUCAUGGAAGCACCGAUAUGCCUGAUAGAGAACAACCCCGGUGAGCAGCUGAGGGUCAACCAGGAAGCCCUGCAGGUCCUGCAGAGCAUCCAGCAGCCCGUGGUGGUGGUGGCCAUCGUGGGGUUAUACCGGACCGGCAAAUCGUACCUCAUGAAUAAACUGGCGGGAAGGAAGAAAGGCUUCUCUCUGGGGGCCACAAUACAAGCGGAAACCAUGGGCAUCUGGAUGUGGUGUGUUCCUCACCCCGAAAAGCCUGACCGCACCUUGGUGCUUUUGGACACGGAGGGGCUGGGUGAUGUGGAGAAGAGCAAUACUGCAAACGACUCCUGGAUUUUUGUCUUGUCCAUUCUGCUUGGGAGCACUUUGGUAUACAACAGCGUGGGCACCAUUGACCAAUAUGCUCUGGAGAAACUGCAUUAUGUGACAGAGCUGACUAAGCACAUCAAGGUGAAGCGGACACUCACAAAGAGCUCUGGGGGUGAAGAAGAAGGUUCUGAUGACUUUCUCAGGUUCUUCCCGACUUUCAUCUGGGCUGUGCGUGACUUUUCAUUACUACUGAAGCUGAAUGGAAAACCUAUAUCUGAGGAUGAGUAUCUGGAGAAUGCCUUGAAGAGGAUCCAAGGUACUGGGAAGAGCUGGAGGUUGAACCCACCAGUCCCAGAGAAGUUGGACCUUGCCAAGAAAUGCAUACGCCAGUACUUCCCUAGCCGUAAGUGCUUUGUCUUUGACCGCCCGGCCUCAAGGCGAGAGUUGGAGGAACUGGAGGACCUUCCUGAAUCUAAACUGAACCCUGAAUUUGUAGAACAGGUGCAGCUUUUCUGUCGCUACAUUUACAAGCAAGCUCAGGCCAAAGUCGUCCAAGGAGGGCACACAGUGACUGGGACAUCAUUGGGGCACCUGGCAGUGACCUACGUGGAUGCCAUCUCCAGUGGGUCCAUCCCCUGCAUAGAGAACGCGGUGGUAGCCUUGGCACAGAUUGAAAACACAGCUGCUGUGCAUGAUGCCCUCACACACUAUGAGGCUGAGAUGGAGAAAUGCUUGAAGCUGCCCACCGAGGCUGUUGAAGAGCUGCUGGAACUGCACGCCCAAUGCGAGAAGGAGGCUAUUAAAGUGUUCAUGGCCCGCGCCUUCAAGGAUGACAAUCACGAGUACCAGAAAGAACUUGGGGCCCAACUGCAAGCCAAGCUUCUAGAGUUGUUCUCUCAAAAUGAGCAGGUAUCAUCAGAUCGCUGCCAGGCUGUGCUCACACAGCUGUUCCAGGACCUGGAGGAAGAGAUUGCCAAGGGGAGCUAUUCUGUGCCUGGUGGGUAUCAGCAGUUCCUGGAUGACCAGAAGGAAAAGGUGGAUCAGUAUCAUCUGGUGCCUGGGAAAGGCCUAAUGGCGCCCAAGGUGCUGCAAGAUUUCCUGAAAACCAAGGAGGCAGCAACCCAGUCAAUUCUGCAGGCUGAACGGACCCUCACGGACAAACAGAAGGAGAUUGAAGUGGAGCGAGUCAAGGCUGAAGCCGCUGCACGGGAAGCAGAACUGCACAGGAAAAUGAAAGAUGAGGCUGUCCAGAGGGCCCAGCAACAGGAACGGAGUUUCGAGCAGCACAAAAAUCAGCUAAUGGAAAAAAUGGAGGAGGACAGGAAGAAACUUCGGGCAGAGCACGAGAUGGUGCUGAACUCAAAACUCCAGGAGCAGAGGCGGCUUCAGGAAGAAGGGUUCCAGCGAGAAGUCACCAGGCUUCAGAAUGAGAUCCAGGGCCUGCAGAGUCAGAUGAGGCAACAGGGGUCAGGUGGAGGCCCUGGAUGUGUGAUCCUUUGAAGAUGGCAUCUCUGAAAAGCCCCAGAUGGAUGAGGAACGGGGGGGGGAUCUACUUUGUAUGAAAGCUACCAAAAUGAGUAUUUAGCAGAUGUUUGCGGCAUGACUGUAUGUGAUUGUGCACACAACAUUUAAAGAUGGAAAGGAUGGAAGGUCAAGAUAGGCCAUGGAAUGGAGGCUUCUGUGUAAAGAUAAAAGGCUUUGAAACAAUUUGAAGACAA